GCUCUCUUCUCUCAUUAACUACAUGAGCUGCGCUCUAAAGACAAGUUCACAGAGUGAAGGAAAACGGUGUCUGCUAUGGCUACAUUUCGCUUUGGACAGCACAUUAUAAAGUCCACGGCUGUGUUUUUGCAGACAGAGUUGUCCUUUGCACUAGUCAAUCGAAAGCCAGUCGUGCCUGGACAUGUUUUAGUGUGUCCUGUUCGUCUCGUUGAACGGUUCCGGGAUCUCCGUCCUGAUGAGGUGUCUGAUCUGUUCAUGACCACACAGAAAGUGGCAGAUGUGAUCGAGAAACACUUCCAAGCAUCCUCCCUAACCAUCGCCAUACAGGACGGACCUGAGGCAGGACAGACGGUGAAGCAUGUUCAUGUCCAUGUGCUGCCGAGGAAGUCUGGAGACUUUGAGAAGAAUGACAGCAUUUAUGAUGAGCUUCAGAAACAUGACAGAGAGAGCGAGGACAUUCCUUCCAAAUGGAGAUCAGAAGAAGAGAUUGCCAAAGAGGCGUCAGAGUUACGAGGUCUCUUCAACUAGGUUUUAGGAGCAGAAGGCUUAUGCAUACAGAAAAUACAUCAAGAUGAUAUUUAUUGUAAUUAACCUCCUCAUUUUGACCAUGAUUAAAUCAUAAUAAAAUUCUAGUUCAUUGUUGUAUUGCAUUUAAAUAUACCUGUUUCUUUCUAAUCAUGUUUCAAAAUAUAAAACAAAAGUAACUAUGAACAGGACACUAUCUAUUAUUCUAUCUAAGGUUUAUUUAAACCAGCUUUAGUGCUUGGUAGGAGAUAAACAAUGACCCACUCUCCUUGCAUGAGCCGCACACCUUUACUGAUGUCCAUAUACCUAAUGAAAUGCUAGAGGUUUGAUACUGAUUUAGGCCCUGAUGUCUGGAAUACCAGAAACUGCCUUUAAUCAAAUAUAUGUACACAAAAUAAGUGGCAAGCCGAGGCUACUGUUGAGUUUUGAUAAGAAUAAACAGAGAUGUUUUGUUUGCGACAAAUAAGCUUUUAUUGGCGAAGUGUGGCAUUAGUUACCCUACCCACAGUCCCAGUGCUGGAGACUAUUAUGACUUUUAUUAUUUUAUCAAUGUGGAAAUAAAAUGGUAUUGACUGGCCCCUUACUCAUCUGGAAAAGGAAAUACAAUUCUGACAGGAUAAUGCCUACCAGCCUAUAGCCUUUCAGAGUAAUCAAGUUGUAAAGAGGCCCAUGAAUUUUAAACAACAUUAUUAUUCACAAGGUAUUCUCUUAAGGAAAUGCGCAUAACAGUUUGAAUGGGAGGAAAUCCAUCACUACUAGCUAAACGGAGAUAAAAGUUUACCAUAAAAUUCUUAACACCAACAGGACAGACUGUGGUCACUAAAGAAAUACACAGAGAAGUUACCCAUAACAUUGAGCUCUGUCUCAUUGUUUGAAUAAAGGCUAUGGGGUCUAAUAUUGCAAAACCAUUUUUGUAGGGGCAUGUGACUUGAAUUUAGUUUUUAUAUCUCAGUGUGUAGCAUUUAUUUUGACUUUUGUCGAAUACUGUUAAUAAAGCUUAAUUUUUCGUUAUGUUGCCUGGUUAAUAUUUAUUAUGGAUUGAGACCUUUUUGCCAACUUUAUGGGUAAAACAACAGAACAGGUGGUUCAAGUCCUGCCAGCAUCCCAUCUGAUUUGCAAAUAAAAUUAUAUCAAUAAUGUUAGUCUAACCAUAUAUUGCUCAUAAAAGGCCACUGUAGUAGCAGCAUCAGGUAUUAUAAUUAUAUACAUAAUGUUAUAAUUAUAUCACAUAACACAUGUAUAUUUCAAUAGGUUUUUAUGAUGCAUGGAUCCAGAGCACAUGACCUUCCAUAACUCCAGUGUAAAACUCUCAGGGCCAGCAAAGCCUUCCUGCAAAGGCCUCAAAAUAAAUAAAAAAAUUCAUGUUUUCUCUUUCAUUCUUAUUUAUUUGUUUAUGUAUUUUCGAUCUAUUUACUCUCCUGAUUUUGUCCAUUUGCUGACUUUGUCAGUGCAUAGACGAAUAGUGAUGUAAGUUUAUCCAGUGCAUUUUUAUUC